CAUGCCGAGAUACACGCACCACGAACGGGUGAUGAGGUGCGCGGAGACGACGGAAUGACAUGGCUGUACAAGAGCUACCCCAGUCCUGCCUUGCUUGAAAAUAGGACCUGUGUAGCUGUUAAGUAUCUGCAAGUCCCACAUUCCUUCCAUCCCAUAGACCUUCCGUCUAUCAAUUGAGUCAACAAUGGCUCAACCAGUCUCUUUGCUUGGUCUUCUGGUAGCCGUAGCUCCUCUGGCACAUGCACAGUACAGCAACAACUCAGCGCCAUCUUUCACUCUCCCAUCGGGCUACACCACAUCCACCUUCAACAACUCUGCCCAACCUACCGCAUACACCCGCACUGACUUUUCGCCCAAUGCUCUUGCAUCCUUGUGGGAUCUCGUAGGCCCCGUCGCUACUGGACCGUUGACCAGUACCGCUUCUCCCACCCCAGAGCCCACGGCGUACCUUCAGCCUGAUGGCGAGUUCUUCCACCCACUGGUAAGCAGUAGCUAUCCUGAAGCAAAGGACCUGAAGCUGCCUGCCGGGUUCAAGUGGGGAUUCAGUUCCUCAGCAUACCAGAUUGAGGGUGCAGCGAAAGAUGAGGGGAAAGGGCCGAGUAUUUGGGAUUUGCUUUCUCAUCGGGUCCCGAACUUUGUCAGCGACAACUCUACUGGAGAUGUCGUUGCUAGUCAGUACUGGCUUUACAAGCAGGACUUCGCAAGGCUGAAAGGGUUGGGCGUGCCAGCAUUCAGCCCCAGCUUCUCCUGGCCACGCUUCUUCCCUUUCGGCCACGGUCCAGUAAACCAAGAAGCAGUCCAGCACUACGACGAUGUGAUUUCUGAAAUGCACGCCAACGGCAUCGCACCCGCCGUCACACUCUUCCACUGGGACACACCCCUCGCCCUCUUUACCGAAUACGGCGCCUGGACCGACCGACAAAUCGUAGACCACUUCUUCGCGUACGCCAAAUUCGUCAUCUCCCGCUAUGACGCCUACGUAGACGAAUGGUUCACCAUCAACGAGCCCCAGUACUGCAACUGGCAAUACUCCUACUACCCAGCCGGGAAAUACUAUCCAGCACCCAACAACAUCACCGGCGGUCUCGCCGCGCGCUUCCUCUGCGGCCACCACACGCUGCUGGCGCACGCCAAGGUCGCCAAAUGGUACCACGACGAGUUCAAGGGACGGCAUAGGAUUACAUUCAAGAAUAGCGGGAACUACUACGAGGCUAAUAGCACAAGUCCAGGGGAUGAGGAAGCAAGGCAGCGCAACUUCGACUUCAGCAUCGGCUGGUUCGGCGGGCCGUGGACGGACGGCGAUUAUCCUGCGAGUCUCAAAUCGACACUGGGAGACCUAUUGCCAAACUUCACGCAAGAGGAGAAAGAUCUCAUCAAGGGCAGUUGCGACUUCUACGCCAUCGAUCCGUACUCGUCCUUCCUCGCGUACGAAGUUGAUGGCGGAUUGGACGCUUGCGUGUCGAACCGCUCACACCCGUCGUUCCCGGAUUGUGCUGGCUCGACAUCCCUCGCACCAAACGGGUUCCCGAUUGGGCCUGCGGCGGAUCCGGCGAUGAGCUGGUUGUACAGCGCACCAAGCGGUGUAAGACGAUUCCUCAAGCACAUCACCACGGAGCUGUUCCCCAGCAUCCCCGACAUCGUAGUUAGCGAAUUCGGGUUCGCUGAACCAUUCGAAGGUUCCUGGUCUACACUCCCUCCAGCAUUGUGGGACCUUAGGCGCGCGGACUACUUACAGCAAUACCUCGAUAAUAUCUUGUUGGCUAUUCAUGUCGACGGGGUUAACGUUACUGGGGCUUGGGGUUGGGCGAUCUUUGACAAUUUCGAGUGGAGCCUGGGCACGAGUGUGCGGUUUGGACUGCAGUAUGUGAAUUAUACUAGCUUGGAGCGGACGCCGAAGGCGAGUGUGUUCCAGUUUCUGAACUGGUUCAAGGAGCAUGAGGAGACGGGGAAUGCGACGAUAAGGAUGGUGUAGAUAUUGUUGAGUGUUCCCAGAGCGAGGCUUCCAAACAACAGGCACGGUACAGAUGUGCAAGAGGCUGUUGAGGAGCGGAAAGCCGAACUGUAAAGACAAGAGCACAGUAGCUUCUAGCUGUGUCUUCGUUCGAUCCACAAGUCAGAACUGGAGGUGAUUGAUGAAGCUUCGAAAUCUCUGUGGACGAUACAAAGGAC